CCGCAGGCUCUUGGUUCUCAUCAUCGGCGCUACAAUUCCGAUUGUCCAGGGAAUGGGAUCCGGCGCCGUGUAUGUACUCCCUUCCCAAAUAUCACUCGCGCACGCGGUACCAGUUCAUCAACAGGUGACACUACCUGACACCACGUGACACCACGCCACAAAUUUCCGCACCAGAUUUUAUCACGCGGGGACCGCCGCGACGCCGCCCUCCCCAACCGCCACGAUGCCCCCCUCGCCCGCGCACACGACCAAAUCCAGCCCGACGCUGCACUACCCCCUGCAGCACCUUCUGCAGCACGCGCCGCUGGUACUGCACCAGAACUCUUCGGCAGGCAGCACGACCGGCAGCACGCUGUGGACGUCGUCGCAAGUGCUGACGGCGUUCCUGCCGACGCUGGGGCUUUCGGCGGGGCGGGCCCUGGAGCUGGGCGCCGGGAUCGGGCUCGCGUCGCUGGCGCUUGCGGCCGCGGGCUGGGACGUUACCGCUACCGAUGUCGGCGACGCUAUGCUGCUGCUGAGGAGAAAUGUCGCGGAGAAUGCCCCGGGCAUGCUGGGAAAAGUGGGUGUGCGCGAGCUGGAUUGGUUCACGGGCGAGGAGGACGUAAGGGAACACUGGGAUCUGGUAAUCACCGCGGAUACUCUGUAUGUGCUGGAAUUGGUCGCGCCGUUGAUGAGGACUAUUGUGGCUGCGGCGGCGGGACGGGGUGCGAGCAAGCCUGCCGUGGUCUACAUGGCCGUCGAGGUCAGGGAUACGGCGCUUGUGGAGGUUGCGCAGAGGGAGGCCGCGUGCGUGGGGUUGAGGAUCAGGACGGUGCCGAGGACGAGGGUGAGGAAAGCGGUCAAGGCGGCGCUUGGAUGGGAAGAGGAACAGUGGGCUGGGGUGGAGGUUUGGAGGUUGGUUAAGAUGUAGGAUUAUAGUGGUAAAAGAGACAAAUAC